AUGCUCGACAUCAUCUGCACCUUACCCCUCAAAUCCGACCUCUUUGCUCAAGCGAUCCAUCCCUCCGAACCUCUCUUCGCAGUAGGCCUAUCCUCGGGGCAUGUGCAAGCGUACAAGCUUCCUUCUGACACCGAUGUCGUGGACGAUUCAUCUCAAGACAGUUCUGCCUCUCCACCCACGUCGACAAACACUACCAAUGGCACCGAAUCAACUGGACUGCCCGCCUUGCUGCGCAGAUCCUCCACCACGAGCGCCUCGGAAAGCGGCCUUGGGUCUAUAGACACCGUCUGGGCCACAAGGAGACACAAGGGCUCCUGUAGAUGUCUGACAUUCAGCCAUGACGGACAAACAUGCUAUUCGGCAGGGACCGACGGUCUCGUGAAGGCGUUUACUGCUGAAAGCGGCCGAGUCGUGAGCAAGAUAGUGAUUCCACCGAGCGAUGAAGGGGCCGGCUUCGAUGGGCCGACGGUGUUACAUGCCCUCUCACCGCAAGCGCUUCUACUCGGCACGGACUCCGGGAAGCUGUAUCUACAAGAUUUGAGGCAGGGUGGUAGUGAGAUCGUGUCAAGAGCUAGUCAGACCUGGACGCCUCAUGGCAAUGAACAUAUCAAUGCUCUUGUUCCCCUGCCAGCCAGUGAGACAAGCACCAGCGGCUUCCCAAAACAGUGGGUCAGCGUCGGUGGCACCACGCUCGCAGUGACUGAUCUGCGCAAGGGAACCAUUGCGACGAGCGAGGAUCAGGAAGUGGAGUUGACAAGUGUGGUCAUGGUCCAAGGCUUGAAGAGGGGCGGCACCAGCGUCGGUGAGAAGGUCCUGGUCGGCCAAAGCGACGGCGUGGUCAGCUUGUGGGAGAGAGGUGUAUGGGGUGACCUGGAUGAGCGUCUGGUGGUUGAUCGAGGAGGCCUCAGCAUCGAUGCUUUGGCGGAGGUGCCCUUCGGAUUCGGAAGCGGGAAGCUGAAGAUGAACGAGAAACUUGUGGCUGCUGGUCUCGAGGAUGGCCGAGUUCGUUUCAUGCGGGUCGGCCGGAAUGGAGUGAUGCCCGACAUGGACGGCAAACAUGACGAGGUCGAUGGAGUCGUGGCGCUGGGAUUCGAUGUUGAAGGACGUAUGAUCAGUGGAGGAGGUCAAACCGUCAAGGUAUGGACAGAAGCCAAGGGCCUCCCUGGAGGUGGUCGCAAUGCAGCAGCAAAGCACGAUAUCUCCUCGGAUGAGGCCAGCGAUGACUCUGAUGUGCCAGACAGUAGCGAUGAAGAGGACAAGCCCAAAUCAAAACGGAAGAAGCGCAAGAGGAACAAAGGGAAGGACAAGUCGGGAGGAAAAGCAUUGGACUUUUCCCUUUAA